UACUGUAUAUAUAUAUGCCGCGUGUUUAAGAAAAUAACUCACUUUGUUCCUUUUGAUUUCAUCGGUUCGACGACGAUCUCAUCGAACGACCAUGUUACUGCUGAUGUACCUCGUCGGAAUCUUGGCGUCCACAAAUGCUGAGGACUUGACUAACUCGAUAGAGAAAAUACCGAAACUGAAUCCAACAGACAAGAUACAACAUAUUCCAGAAUUGUUAACACUUGCGUCCCCUGACGAUGCAACGCUUACGACGAUGGAACUGAUAAGUAAAUAUGGAUACAAAGGUGAGCUGCAUAAAGUAACCACUGCCGACGGUUAUAUUUUGGAACUACAUCGAAUAAAAGGACGAACCGAUAAUUCUACCGAUUUGAAAGUGCAAAAACCUGUUGCGUUAGUGAUGCACGGCCUUCUAUGCGACUCGUCGACUUGGGUUCUUGCCGGUCGUGAAAAAAGUUUAGGAUUUAUUCUGGCGGAUGAAGGAUAUGAUGUAUGGCUCGGUAACGCGCGUGGCACUACAUAUGCUCGUAAUCAUAAAUCUCGGAAAACUUUGAAGUCGAAAAAAGAUUUCUGGAACUUCAGCUGGCAUGAAAUAGGCACGCGUGAUCUUCCAGCGAUGAUAGACUAUAUUGUGAAGACCACUGGCCGCCAAAAAAUGUUCUAUCUAGGCCACAGCCAGGGUACCACUGCUUUCUUCGUCAUGGCGUCGGAACGACCAGAGUAUCAGAAAUAUAUCGAAGAAAUGUACGCCAUGGCUCCAAUCGCUUACUGCGGCAGGAUGAAGAGUCCCUUCAUGCAGUUGCUGGCACAGUUUACCCUUACCAUGGAAAUUAUGGGGCAAUUAUUCGGCAUAUACGAAUUCAAUCCUACCAAUGAUUUCAUAAAAGCAGUUCAACGUUUAGUGUGCGCGGAGAAAGCCAUCACUCAACCCAUAUGCUCGAAUGUGAUGUUCCUAGUGGCUGGAUUCAAUGAAGAACAAUUCGAUCCGGCUCUUCUACCGAUAAUCUUAGGACAUGUUCCUGCUAGUAAUUCCUUGAAGCAACUCGUCCACUACGGGCAACUCAUCAAAUCUGGAACACUAUUCUUGCCGGGGAGAUUUAAACAUUUUGAUUACGGACUGUUCGGUAAUAAAGAUUUGUACGGCACGCUGACUCCGCCAAACUAUAAUUUAACUAAGAUCACAGCACCGAUCCACGUGUACUACAGUGAAAACGAUUGGCUGGCAAAUGUCCAGGAUGUGGAGAAGUUGUAUAGCGAGCUGGGCAAUCCCUCUGGUAAAACCUUAGUAGCGGAUAAGAAAUUUAAUCACUUGGACUACCUGUGGGCCAAGGAUGCAAACAAGAUCGUGUACGAGCCGAUAAUCAGUGCAAUGAAGAAGAAGUCCACGUAAUGAAGUACCAGCAUUUAUUCCUUCGCAAUCCUAAGCAAUCUACAAAAUUCGACGGGGAUUUACUUUCGUCGUCAGCAAGAUUGUUUCGUUCUGAGAUCAACGUUUGUGCCCGAUGAAUUCAACAUACUAAAUUGCAUUGCCCAAUCUCUUGUCUACUUGAUAAAAUAAUUUUGUCUACUUGAAA